AUGGAAGAGCAGCGCUCCGAAGUCAGCAUUCUCGCCCUGAGCUCUGCAGUGUCAUCACUGCAUCGAGGCCUUGCAGGCGGCAAGCUGGCCGGCCAGCUUGAGGAGCUACGCGCCAGCUCCGUUUGCCGAAGUCGCCUGCUUGCUGAGUCCCAGUGGAGAAACAGACAGCAAUGCCAUCUUGUAUGUUCAUCGGAAAGGAGUAGCCCGAGCGAGCAACAAAUUGGCAGACUAUGGUCAGGUAAUCGGAAUUCAACUUUAACUUUAUCCCCCACCCGCAUCUCUCAGAGGGUUCGAGCUGGAUGGCAUGCAGCCAUGACCGGAUCAUGA